AUGGCAAAGAUCCCCCUCGUACUCCUCAUCUGGCUUCUGGGAGCUUGUCUUGCUGCUGAAAGUACAGUCUUCAUUGAAAACAAAGAGGCAAACUCGGUUCUGCAGAGGCAAAGGAGAGCCAAUUCAAACAGACUGGAAGAGGUCAUUCCCGGGAACCUCGAGAGAGAAUGCAUAGAGGAGAAAUGCAGCUUUGAAGAAGCCCGGGAAGUGUUUGAGAACACAGAGAAAACAAUGGAGUUUUGGCAAACAUACAUUGAUGGAGAUCAGUGUGACCCCAACCCAUGCAAAAAUGGAGCUGUUUGCAAGGAUGCAGUAAGUUCUUACGUGUGCUGGUGCCCAGCUGGGUAUGAAGGCAGAAACUGUGAGAUAGACUUCACCUGUGCUAUUAAAAACGGAGGCUGCAAGCACUUCUGCAGGCAUGACCCGCCACAGAAGGUUGUGUGUUCCUGUGCUGCUGGCUACAGACUUCAUGAAGAUGGAAAGUCCUGUGAACCUACAGUGCCAUAUCCCUGUGGGAAGAUCACGGCUCCUGAAGCAAAGAGCAAGUUCACCCGUGCCAUAAACACCUUUGAGCACUGGAACAUCACCACCGAUGAGCACGAUGAUGCUCCUGAUGAGGGGCUUGACAACACCACGGAGACCAGCACAGCCACCACCACGAAAAUCACACCCAUAGUCAAAACAGGCACCAGGGUUGUUGGUGGGUUUGACAGCAUGAGAGGAGAGGUGCCCUGGCAGGUCCAUCUGGUGGACAGUGAAGGUGUGGGCUUCUGUGGUGGAUCCAUCAUCAACGAGAAAUGGGUGGUGACAGCAGCACAUUGCCUGCAGCCAGGGGACAAUGUCACUGUCGUGGCAGGUGAAUACAACACCAACGAGGACGACCACACGGAGCAGCAGCGCCAGGUGCUGAAGAUCCUCCCGCACCCCACAUACAAUGCCAACAUCAACAAGCACCACAACGACAUUGCCCUCCUGGAGCUGGACCGGCCGCUUGUCUUCAGCAGCUAUGUGACACCCAUCUGCACGGGCAGCAGGGAGUUCACCAAUGCACUGCUGAAGCACGGCAUGGGCACAGUGAGUGGCUGGGGCAGCACCCUCUUCCGCGGCCGCCCUGCCACCGUGCUCCAGGUCCUCAAGGUGCCCUUCGUGGACCGGCCAACCUGCCUCAAGAGCACGGCCACCACCAUCCUGCAGAACAUGUUCUGUGCUGGCUACCCGGCCGGGGGCAGUGAUACCUGCGGGGGGGACAGUGGAGGGCCAUACACCACUGAGAUCGAGGGUACGUGGUUCCUGACGGGCAUCACAAGCUGGGGUGAGGAAUGUGCCAAGCCAGGGAAGUACGGCAUCUACACCAGGGUCUCCAAGUACCUGAAGUGGAUAAAGGAAACCACAAGGCUUACCUAA